GUAAAUUAAAAGUAUUUUACGUAUUCAUCAACAAAAGGAAAGGAGAUUGAUUAAUUAUUUAUAAUUAAUUAAUCUUCAAGAACUCGAUAAUUUUAAAUAUCACUAAAAAAAAUCCAUUUUUUAAUAUUUCGAUAAAAAAAACUAAAAAGCCUUUCUCAUAAAAAGAUAAAUAAAAUGAGAUAACAAUAAUAACCACUCCAAUAAAAUGAUUGGUUAGCUUUAAACUAACCUCAGAUACUUCAGCCAUUAUAAAAUAGUUACAAUUACUCAAAUUUUAACCAAUUUAGUUCAAUUGAAAAUGAAUUACUUAAAUAAAAGUUGGUUUAGUAUGAAAAAGAGCUAUCUCUUUAUAAAAAAAGAGAAUAGGAAAUGCUCUAUUAUUCUUAGAGCAAUUAAUAUAUGGCACAUGCUCCUGUGAUUAGCUAAUUAUAGCACUAAUUUCCAUAGAUUGCAUCUCUUGGUUAGCAAUAACAACAAUCGUAAUAAUUCAAUUAAGGACCUCUUGUAUAAAUGUAAAAUUAUCAAUUGCAGCAAUAAUAACAACUACAACUACAGUAAUAUUUGCAGUAGUAUUAAAACAAUAUAUAGCUUUAGUAGUAAAAUGCUUAAUAAAACUACAUAAAUAAACUCGCGUAAUAAUAAAACAUGCUAGAUCAAUAACCAAACUUCUAAAAAAAUAGUAAUCAAAUGUAUAGUCCACAGAAUUAAGCUUUAUAAAAUAAUGUUUCUUUUUCUAACAAUCUUUAAAACUUAACUAGUAAUUCUUAACAUGCCUCUUCUUUCAACUUUUUAGGAAAUGAGAGUUAAUCAUCAAACAAAUCAACUGUUCACGCAGACGAUAACAGUCAACAAAUUACUCUGAACUUUAUUUCUCAGGUUAAUGAGAAUACUUUAUCACCAAAGACAAAUACUUCUGAUGCGAGAAAAAUUAUGAAAAUCAAAAUAACCAAGUCAUUCUCUGGAGUCAGCGAAGAGGAAAGAGUGGAUACUAGAUAAAAGUCUUCAAAAGAAAUAAACUCCUUAUAAAAAAAUAACAGCCUUAGCUCAAGUGAUGAAGAUGUCGAGGCUGGCAACGAAUUAAAGAGUAAUAACAGCUCAGCAAACUCUCCAAAUUAGUUAAAUAAAAGAACUAGAUGUCUUUAUGAGCCAUUAUUUAGGAUCAUAAGCCCUAUACUUCCUGAAAAAAAAUCAUACAAAAAGAAUAUCAUAAAAUACUUGAUUUCUUAUUAGUAAGGAAAGCAGUAAUAGAACGACAAAUCAGACAGAUUUACUGCUUUACUUGAAGAAAACAACUCAAAAAGACUUGCAAACUAUAUUACUGAGCUACUCUAAUCUUGCAAGAUGGCUUAAUCUAAAAAAAAUGACAUAUUUGCCCAUGAAUACAUUGCUGACAGAAUAUGUAAAAGCUUCUAGCGCAAGCAGUUAAAAAGUAAAUUACAAAGUAAUUGA